CUUGCGGUGGUUAAUCAAUACUAAUCCCCCAAGUCUAGUUAAAGUUCACUACCGUUGUUGUUACCCUUAGUCACGGUUGCACAGCCAAUCCCUUUCAGCUGAUAAGUAAGGAGUUCACUGCUCAGCAUUUAAUUAACUCUAGGGCAACGGAAGAGUGUAGCUGGUCCAUUGGUGCGGUUGUGGAAUUGAGAUGACAGUCGGCCAGCAUUCAGGAAGGAGGAGGAGAAGAAAGGCAGAACUGAGCUGUGGGAUGCUCAUUGGCUGUACAUAGACAUUCUCUUCAGGAUCUGCAAGCUAGUGUUCUUUCAGUGGUCUGCUAUAUGGACAGAGGUCCCUCCCCCAUGCCUGUUUCUCCAGGCUACACCCAACUGGAGCAGAAUGAUCCGUCUAUGAACCCCCUGCACAUCUCAGUCGGAGGACUUCCCAUGUUGGCCUCCAUGACCAACACCCCAGACCCCCGAUUCCGCCUCAAUUUGAGGGCCAUCGUAGCCCUGGCCCUGGCCAUUGCCCUGGUCCUCCUCUACAUGCACCUGAACCCGGGCUCCUACUCUGAGGUCCCCAGCUCCCGUAACUGGAAGUCUGGCCACACGGGGAUGGCGGUGGACGUGGCGGCCGACCGCUACAAUGACACUUACCCACUCAGCACCCCCGAGCGGACGCCGCAGGGCACGCGCUACCGCAUCGGGGUCAUCGCCGACCUGGACACGGACUCGCGCAGCGACAAGAAGCUGACGUGGUUCAGCUACAUGCGCCGGGGCCACCUGCUGGUGUCGGAGAGUGGCACCAAGGUGGCCGUGGAAUGGGAUGCGGAGACGGUCCUGCUGGAGAGCCACCUGGCGGAGAAGGGCCGGGGCAUGGAGCUGUCAGAGCUGGUGGUGUUCAACGGGAAGCUGUACAGCGUGGACGACCGAACGGGCGUGGUCUACCACAUCGACGGCAGCAAGGCUGUGCCCUGGGUCAUCCUACCCGACGGGGACGGCUCCGUCUCCAAAGGGUUCAAGGCUGAGUGGCUAGCGGUAAAGGACGAGCACUUGUUCGUGGGUGGCCUGGGGAAAGAGUGGACAACCACCACGGGGGAGGUGGUCAACAACAACCCUGAGUGGGUAAAGGUGGUGGGCCAUCGGGGGGACGUGCAGCACCAGAACUGGGUCCCCAAGUACAACCUCCUGAGGUCCGCAGCUGGGAUCGAACCUCCAGGUUACCUGAUUCACGAGUCGGCCGCGUGGAGCGACAGCCUGCAGCGCUGGUUCUUCCUCCCACGCCGCGCUAGCAAAGAGCGCUACGACGAGACGGCCGACGAGCGCCGCGCUGCCAACCUCGUCCUCAACUGCUCGCCGGACUUCGAGGACGUCACUGUGAACCGGUUGGGCCCGCAUAACCCCACUCACGGCUUCUCCUCCUUCAAAUUUGUCCCCAACACGAACGAUCAGAUCAUCGUGGCUCUCAAGUCAGAGGAGGACGCUGGGAAAAUCGCCUCGUACAUAAUGGCAUUCACACUGGACGGCCAGAUCCUGUUACCUGAAACCAAGAUAGGAGACGUGAAGUAUGAGGGUCUGGAGUUCAUUUAGGAAAACAAGGACAUAUAGUAGCUAUGUGGAACAUAGUUGUUGACAUUCCACGCACUCAAAAGUUAACUUGCUGCUUGUUAAUUGACUGUGAAGACGACACGCAGCCCAAUCGAUCAAUCACGGAUCAGAAGCCAUUUUGGUGUGACCUGAGGUUGAGCAGGAACGUGUUCAUUCGGCAUCAAAUGGAAGAAAACAGACUGAAACAGGGAGGGGCUACCUGUCAUUUUUUCGUUUUAUGUUGCAAACAAUUUAAAAUCAUAAUUUUGUUGAAUGCCCUAAUGAACUCAACUCAAGGUUUCAGGGCCAAGACAUUCUGUUCAGUUAAUGGGAGCUGAGAGUAGCCUAGGCUACCUGAACAAAGUCCUCAAGUUGAGGAUGUCCUCUUGAUGGCCAUCCUCUACCUAGGCCAACGGCUGUCUUCUAAAGUAAUGUAGACUUUGUAAGAAUGAAUGUACAAAUAAUCAAUUAAUCUUAAACUGUGAUUUCACUCAUAAAAUGCAGAUACUGUACAUCCAGGAAAUAAUGGAUUUGUUGUUUUUUCCUGUAUAACACAGUUUAAUCUUUUUACUACAUGAAAUCAUAUACUUCAGGACACUAUACCCUACGUCAGGGAUCAUCAACUAGUUUCAGCGGUGGAAUGAUUUUGUUUUUGAGCGGAUGGUCGGCGGGCCGGAACAUAAUUACAAAUCAUUUGUAGACUGUAAUUUGACCACAAGCCCAAACAGAUAUAUUUGACUAAAACAUAAUUAUUUCAAACCUUGCUUACGUUUGUCUACGAUCACGUGUCUCUCUAUUAUGUGUGGGAAUACUUGGGAACAGAUAUCCCAAAUUAAAAUCACUUGGAGCUGAUUUGCUGGUGUUUUUAGUCUUAUGUCCAACAAUGAAAAUGCAAAGAAUAAAAACCUGCCCUACGUGA